GACAACCACAGCGACGAACACGACAUUGAGAACCACAACGACGACAACUACAGCGUUAUACCCUGCCUGGGAUCUCUCGUGGGAUUUCCGCGGCUCGCAGAUUGUCUCGUCCUCCGCAUACGUGGUGACCCUUCAAGGAGCCACGAUGACCGAUGCUGGACUGUACUUCGACGGUAUUGACCAGUGGGCAUACAUCGACCCCUGGGAAUUCGGUGGUCCGACGACAAUUGAGAUCUUCUGUGCUUUUGACGCGGCUGCCACAUGGCUCGCUACGCAGCCCGUGUUCGACUUUAACAGUGGUGGUACAGUCAAUCAUGUGUAUCUACACCGCAACUCACAAGGUGCAUUGGGUAUCUUCCAGGUUGAGCGUCAGGACGUUUCAGGAGCGCAGGAAGUGUCCGAUGGUGACUUUUGGACACUUGGCCGGUGGACCCACGUGGUUGUAACCAUGGAUGGCCAGGAUAUGAAGCUCUACAGGGACGGUGAGCUGCGAGGUCACAACUCAGCAGGACUGGAGCCAUAUCCGAUCCAACGCGUGCGCCUAGAGGAGGAUUUGGGCUUGCUGGGGGAUGGCUACUCCAGAAGUCUCCAGGAGGAUGGUACUUCUCAGAGUCCUCUAGCAGUGCACCUGCAGGGAGCCACGCUGACCCCAACUGGGCUGUACUUUGACGGUAUUGACCAGUGGGCAUACAUCGACCCCUGGGAAUUCGGUGGUCCCACGACAAUUGAGAUCUUCUGUGCCUUUGACGAAAACGCCACAUGGCUCGCUGCGCAGCCGGUGUUCGACUUCAACAGCGGCGGUUUAGUCAAUCAGGUGUACUUGCGCCGUGACUCACAAGGCGCAUUGGGUAUCUUCGAGGUUGGGCGUCAGGACAGCGAUGGCUCCCAGCAGGUAACCGACGGUGACUUUUGGGCACUUGGGCAGUGGACCCAUGUGGUUGUAACCAUGGACAUGAAGCUCUACAGAGACGGGGAGUUGCGAGGUCACAACUCAGCAGGACUGGAGCCAUAUCCCAUCCAACGCGUGGAUCAUAUGCUUGGCAAAAGUUACGACAGCACCUACUUCCAUGGGACGAUGGCCUUCCUUCGGGUGUGGGAUGGUGUGGCGUUGACUGCUGGCCACAUCAGUGCGUUGUACGAUGAUGCGCUGGGCAGAACCACAUCAACAAGUUCAACGGC